AUGGUGACCUUUAGGCAGCUGGAGAUCUUGUUUGGGUUCAACUAUGGAGAGGGAACCAAGUGGAACUUCAAGGAAAAGGAACUCCAAAGGGUUUGGGCUACAAUCGCUGAUGGAGUGUACUCUUCCUCAAGGUCCAAGGCAGCUCAGAUCAGGAGCCCAGUCUUGAGAUAUGUGCACAAGGCACUUGCCAACACCUUCUUUGCAAGGAAGGCAACCGGGACAAUCAACGAGGGGGAACUCAAGUUUCUUGACAUGGGAAUCAAGCCCCUUCUCUCACGCACAAGCGAUGGCAAGAGGAUAAGGGGAGAUAGGUCUGACACAGGGAACUUGAUGCCUUUCCUUGACCACCUCCUCACCUACAAGAUCACAGCUUACAACACUAGGCACCAAAGAGGAAGAAAGCUUAGUAUUGGAGGGCUCAUCACACCUAUCUUGUGUGCUGCUGGAGUAAACCCAACUGAUAGGAGAGCUACUGAACCAGGUUGGAUGGACAUCAAGUUUUGCAAGACCAACCUCCUCAUUGAGCACAAGGAGUUAGAUGGGAGGUUCCAAUUCAAGUUCACACAUCCAUUGGUUGGACCCUCCAAGUUUCUCCUGCCUAACCCAGAGCUCACCACAGUUGUAAGGGGUGAGAACAUUGAUUUUAGACCCCCUGUGUACACAUUAGUUGGGCAUGAGGAUGAUCUGCGAGAAGAGGAGCCUGAGCUCGAUCGAGCUGAGUCUCGAGCUGAGGGUCGAGCUGGUCUGAGGAGCCUCAGUUUGAGACCCUGGAUUCGAGUACGAUCAACCAGUACCAGGACUUCUCUCAGACCAACUGGACCCCUACAACCGCUUCGAGCGAGCACAGCUCCACCAAGGCCAAGGAAGCCACACACACUUUGA